ACAUUACAUUUCGUCAUGAGAAGGAAUAGCACUGCAUUGUCAAUUAGAAACAAUCCUGCUUCUGUGCAGUUUAUUUUAGGCUAUUUCUUUGUGUUUAGUUCAGCCGUGGAAUAUAUAAUGACUUGGGGACGUUUAUCAAUUUAUUUUUUUCUCUUGCUUCUGUACUCGUAAAUAACUUCAUCCCCGCUCUAUACUUUUUAGAGACUCUACUUUCUCUCCCAGCAUUCCUAGCUAACCAAUAUGGUGACUUCCAGUUCUGAAGGCAUGGAGUUAGUUGAUUUGUGUAUUUCUUUGCGACUGCCUGUAGUUAUUUGUUAGGUUUUCGUUUGACGGCUGUGUGGUGGCAGAGUCGCAGAAUUGGGCAUGGGCUUGAUGUUUUGUGGCAGGCUGUUAGGCUGUAGUCUGCGAAUAACUACCACUUUUUACAAGCCAGUUUCGUCUUUAUCUUUGCCUAAAAUAAGUGCAUCCAGGGGCCACUCAUUUGUACCAGUUUCCUUCUAUAAUCAUGAUUCUGCUUUGGACUACAUGUUUGGAGCUGUUGAGAAACCCAAGGAGGACAAGGCUGGCCAUCAUGCUGCUAUUCCACCACACAGAGUUGAUCAAGAAAUUCUGCUAACCACGCAGCCAGCCCAGCCUGAGAAUGCGAGAAUCCUGAAGGUUGCUAUAAUUGGAGCACCAAACAGUGGCAAAUCUACCUUGUCCAACCAGCUUCUAGGCAGAAAGAUUUUCCCAGUUUCCAAAAAGGUUCACACAACACGCUGCCUGGCUCAGGGUGUGAUUUCUGAAGAUGAAACACAAAUUAUUCUGCUAGAUACACCUGGACUCACUAGCCCGUCUAAAGGAAAAAGACAUCACUUAGAAAGAUCCCUAAUAAAUGACCCAUUGACGUCGAUGCAAAGAGCUGAUUUUGUUCUUGUGAUGGUAGAUGUUUCCGAUCACUGGACACGGAGCCACCUCAGCUAUGAUGUACUAAAGUGCCUUGCUCAGAAUAUACAUCUCCCAGCUGCCCUCAUCUUAAAUAAGGUGGAUUUGUUAAAGAAUAAAGGUCUCUUACUGGCUCUUACAGUGGAACUAACAGAGGGCUUUGUCAAUGGGAAAAAACUGAAAGUAAAAUCAAGGUUGAAGAAGCCAGAGAACUCAGCAGACUGCCCGAAGAAAAUUCUGAAAGUUCCUGCAGCAAAUGCUGCAGAGAGGUUUGCACAUGAGGGUAAGCUAGUGGUUGACUCCGAAAGCAGCUCCUUUAAGCUUAACAGUGAUACAGAUGAAGAACUGCGAAAUGUGCUACCAACUUCAGGCUCAGCAGAGUAUGAUUCAAAACUCAAUACAGCAUCACAAGAUCUGGCUCUAUCUAAGCGUCUGAAGAGCAUGAAAGGGUGGCCUUACUUUCGAGAAGUCUUCAUGUUAUCAGCUAUAAAUGGGGAUGAGGUGGAGACACUAAAGAGAUUUCUGGCUAAACAAGCAAAACCAGGUCCUUGGGUCUUCCACAGCGAAGUGGUGACUGACCAGCUGCCACAGGAAAUUUGUGAAAACAUAAUUAGAGAGAAGCUGCUGGAGUAUUUACCACAGGAAGUGCCCUACAGUGUAACACAGAGCACAGAACAGUGGGAAGAGGGAAAGAGCGGAGAACUCCUGAUCGUACAGAAACUUUUGGUGGUGAAAGAAAACCAUGCUAAAAUGCUUAUUGGUCCUGGAGGUCACCUGAUUAAAAGAAUUGCUCAGGAGGCUGGAAUAGACCUGAUGAAUGCCUUUAUGCGUGAUGUAAAACUGAACCUUUCUGUAAACGUAAAGAAGUGUGCUCACUAGACACUGAUGGUUUGCCCCAGACAGUAAAGAGAACCAGACUUUACCAGCAACUGCUUUCACUGAUGUCAUCCAUCUGAAUUUUAAGUACUCCCACAUUGGCACAGAGUUAUGUAAAGUACAGCUGUCUUCCUUGUGUAAUAUGACCUGGGAACAAAGUGUGUCAGACAGAAGAGAGUCUCAACUCUGUAUCUCGGAGUGCAGUAAGCAUGCUAUUCUCCCUUACCUGCACCUUUUGAUUAUGAACAUUGACCCUGCGGUAUUGCAGCGUGUUAGACUUUCUUAAUUCAUUGUGUAUAUAAGUCAUUUUAACAUACGUACGCAAUAUCUUUGUAUAUAUAUUUCAUUUGUGUUAUAAUUUUGUCUUUACAUACUGUACAGUCAGCGGUGGCUAUAUCUGAAAGGGUCAUCUCUGAUAAACUGACCUACACAAUUAGUUAAAUAAAGAAAGAAAAUGUAUUGCUUUUA